CUAAGAAGAAGAAUCUUCCGUUGCGACGAGCUCGGCACAGGCGUCGGUGGGAAAGGAAGACCGAGCUUUGCUGAGAACAUGAAUGAUUGGAUGCCCAUUGCCAAGGAGUAUGACCCACUCAAAGCUGGCAGCAUUGAUGGCACCGACGAAGAUCCGCAUGAUCGCGCCGUCUGGAGGGCGAUGCUGGCUCGAUACACCCCCAACAAAGGCGUCACGGGGGACCCCCUCCUCACCCUGUUUGUGGCGAGACUGAACCUGCAGACCAAAGAGGAGAAGCUAAAGGAGGUGUUUUCUCGCUACGGGGACAUCCGGAGGCUGCGGCUAGUGAGGGACUUGGUCACAGGCUUUUCGAAGGGCUACGCCUUCAUCGAAUACAAAGAUGAGCGUUCUCUGCUCAAAGCUUACCGGGAUGCUGACGGCCUGGUCAUCGACCAGCACGAAAUAUUUGUGGACUAUGAGCUGGAGAGGACUCUCAAAGGGUGGAUUCCUCGGCGACUCGGAGGAGGUCUGGGUGGGAAGAAGGAAUCUGGGCAGCUGAGAUUUGGGGGGCGGGAUCGGCCUUUUCGCAAACCCAUUAACCUGCCAGUUGUGAAAAAUGACCAGUUCCGAGAGGGGAAGAGGGAGAGGAGGGAGCGGUCUCGGUCCCGAGAAAGACACUGGGACUCCAGGAUGAGGGACCACCAUGACAGGGGCCGGGAGAAAAGGUGGCAGGAGAGAGAAGCAGCCAGGGCAUGGCCAGAAGGUGACUGGGAGAGAGAGAGGGACUUCAGAGAUGACAGGGUCAAGGGGAGGGAGAAGAGGGACAGAAGCAAGUAGACUAUCCCUCCCCCUCUUCCUCCCCAAACCCAAAGGAAAGUGUAAGAGUGCAGGGAUACCGCAUUGCCUGUGUACAGAGUCUAAGUCCAGUGGUUGAAUAAAACUUA